AUGGCCGCCCAAAGAUCCAGCCCGGAGGAUCCGUCCGGUCUCCAGCACGGGCCGUUCCAGACACCGACCGAGAGGGCCCGGCUGGCGGCCGCCGUGCAUCAGGUUUUUGGGGGGCAACCGUGGGGCGGCUGCUGCUCAGACGUUCUCUCGGAGGUCCUGCCGGAAGCAGGGCAAAGGUGCUCUCUGAAGCUGCAGCUUUUCUGGGACUUCCAGCUUCUGGACUCUGACCACGACGGCUACCUCUCCUCCCGAGAGGCUGAGCUUUUGCUGGCCCAGGUUCCGGGGGCACAGGCCACGGGAGAGGCCGGGCAACGGUUCCUCCAGAGCCGCAGGCCUGGCGUGGCCUGGAGGGACAUCGAGGACUGGCUCUCCCGGGGUCCCCCGCUGCCUCCCGAUGGAGCCGGCACACAUUCAAGGAGGAGUUACUACAGCGGGCAGGGUGCUGGUAGCCAGGUGAGCACCCCUCUGCCUCUCUGGGGUGCAAGAAGACAGACGGAACCACUCCUUGAACGGUGGGACCCGGGAGGUUUCGCCGCCCCGCUUGGGGAGCAGUUUUCGGGAACGGUGGCAGAGCUGGAACGCAAAUACCGUGUGCUUCGGAGGAGGCUCUGCGCCGAGAUGUUGCAGGCGCAUUAUGGUGAGCUGUGACGGGCCAAGGUCGUGAGAUUCCCCUCUUUUUGCUCUGGGGAGAAUUAUGCUAGACAGGAGCGCCACUUCUCCUGCGGUGGACUUCCCCGGGGGGGGGUGUCCUUGUCUGCUUUUGCUCUUCCUCCCUAGAACCUGUGGCCCAACCUGGCCUCGCUCUGGACAUCCCAGGCUGAAAACAGCCCCCC